UCGGCAGUAUUUACUGGCGGUGCGCUGUGUUCAGAGCUCAUUCCGCGUUGUACUUUAACCUGUUCUGAUCGUGCUACACUUCAUUAUCAACAUGGUUGUCCAAGUUAAAUCGAAUUUACCUCAAUGCAGCAAAGCAAUGGAUGGAAACCAGAAUAAAGUGGAGACAAACAUCCUGCUACUUGGAGCUGAAAAUGUCGGGAAAUCAGCUCUAACUGUGCGGUUUCUUACCAAAAGAUUUAUUGGUGAAUAUGGUGAUAUCGAGUCAAUAUACAGUCACAUUGACAAAAUUGAUGGCCGGGAUAUCUCCUUCAACAUCUGGGACUCCCUGUAUCCACAGAGCUGUGAGAGCUCGGAGUCAGUGAGUGAAGAACAGCUCCGCUGGGCAGAUGGCAUUGUGCUUGUCUACAGCAUCUGUGACCGUGCCAGCUUCGAGGUGGUACAGCAGCAGGUAGCACUUAUCCAGAAGCUGUCCUCUUCCUCCAGCUCCUCAGUGCCUAUGGUGGUGGUGGGCAACAAGAGGGACCUGCAGCAUCGCCGCGUUGUCUCAAGUGAGGAAGGGCGACUGCUUGCCCAGUCAGCAGACUGUGGCUUCUUUGAGGUCUCAGCAGCUGAGGCAUACCAUGGCGUACUGCUUGUCUUCCAUGGCCUGCAUGAACUCAUAAAAGAGGCCAGGGGUGUCAAGAAAGGAGCUGCUGGUAUCAUGGGCAUUAUGAGGACUGUAUCCGCUGUCUUCAGCAAGAAAAGGGAGUAGGGCGUCUUUUUUUAUGAAAGAUGUUGUUAUGACCAAUAUGUCAUGUCCCCAAGCAAAGACAGCAUGAUUAAUAGCCAGAGAGGGCAAGGGUGAUCUGGACAGCCAUGGAUCCUAUUAAAGAGGAGUAAUUGUAGGAACCUGGUUGUCUUUUUGUAAGUUGAAGGCUGAAAUGAAGAUCCUGGAAGAUUUACUGAGGUGGAAAGAUGGUUUCUUCAUGUAUCUGAGCAGGUAUCAGUUGCUGGAUAGUGUACAGCCAGUGACUUUCUGAUUAUGGAGAGAUACAAGCCAAGUAAAUGGGGCUCAGAGCUGUUUUAAGAGUUUCAGGAGAAUCUGUGAGACAUGCAAAUGCAUUUGAGGGUUAAAUGAAAGUGUGACCUUCUGAAGGCAAUCUAUUCAUACAACCGGUGUGUAUAGCCUACUGAAGAGCUUUCUAAAUAAUCUUAGGUUUCUUAUGUACCAAUGUGGAAGAACCUGUGUGCACUGAUUGCUAUAUGCUAUACUUUUAUAGAUUAUAGAAAAUAAACAUGCUUUAAAAAUCAA